UUCUCACUAGGAAGAUUACUACUAACAUAGUGCAUCACAGGAUUACUAGAAUAGGAGUGCUUUAUUUCUAGUUUUUAUCAUUGCUUCACAAGAAUAAUGUGUAUAGCUUUGUUUCUAUGGCAAGCCCACCCACUCUACCCUUUUCUUCUCUUCAACAACAGAGAUGAGUAUCACAACAGGCCUACGAAGGAAGUGUCAUGGUGGGAAGGAAGUGAUAUAUUGGGAGGGAGGGAUGAGAUAGCAGGAGGAACAUGGAUGGGUUGUUCAAGAGAAGGAAGGAUUGCUUUUCUUACAAAUGUUUUGGAGCUUCAUACCCUUCCUGAGGCCAAAUCCCGGGGUGACUUACCCCUCUUAUUUCUCAAGAGCAACAAAAGUCCCAAAGAAUUUGCAGAAAGCCUAAAAAGAGAAGCUCAUUAUUACAAUGGUUUCAACUUAAUUGUGAUCGAUAUUAAGUCAAAAUCCAUGGUAUACAUCUCCAACAGGCCCAAAGGACAACCUAUUACCAUUGAAGAGGUUUCUUCAGGACUCCAUGUGCUUUCUAAUGCCAAACUUGACACACCCUGGCACAAGACUCAGCGUCUUGAACAGAGUUUCAAAGAACAGCUUGCUAAGUAUGGAAAAGGUGAGAUUCCUGUUAAGGAAAUGAUCCAAAAGCUAAUGAAGGACAAAGUUAAAGCUGACCAGAGUGGUUUACCUCAUAUUUGCUCUCUUGAUUGGGAGCUUAGUUUGAGCUCCAUUUUUGUUGAAGUGCAAACCCCACUGGGUCUUUAUGGCACAAGGAGCAGUGCUGCAUUAGUUAUAAGAUCAAGUGGGGAAGCAAGUUUCUUUGAGGAAUACCUUGAUGAUGGCAUUUGGAAGGAGCAUGUUGUUGAUUUCUAUAUUCCCAAAUUGAAGUUCAUCAAAGGACAAACAUAGAGCUAACAUCCUCCAUCCUCAAAAGCAAGAAUAUUAAUUCAGUUCUUAUAUAACUUCUACAUUUUAUGCUAUCACUGAGCAUUUUCGGUGUGCUCUUGUAUAGUUGGGAACUUGUCAAUAAAAUAAAAAGCCAUAAGGUAGAAGGCAGAAACUUGGCUAUCCAUAAGGUAACAGCAGUUUGAAGAUUUUUCUGAUCAAUGGUUCACUGAUCUGGCUCACUAAAGUGUGAACUUGUAAUGGGGCUUCAAGAAAAGUAGUGAAAUAAACCAAUAAAGAUCUUGUCCCUCCAUGGAAAGUAAAGAAAACGGAAAAAAUUAUUUUCCUUUUUUGGUCA